CACGCCGAGUGAGGCGGCGCCCCCGGGGCAGCAGGAGCGCUUCCGGCAGCACCUGGAGACGCUGCAGAGGGACCUGGAGACCGCGCUGAGCCGCCCGUGCAAGGGGGAGAUGCGAGAGCAUCUUCUCCACUUCCUGCGGGCUGCGCAGCAGAGGAUCUGCCAGAAGCUGCAGGCGAUGGAGGGGACCGGCCCAAGGGAGCCAGGCCCAAAGCUACAGGAUGAAAACAUCCCCUCCAGCAGGGAGAGAUUUGAGAGGAGUUGCAGAAUACCUUCGCGUGUCAUUGAGAGCUCCCCGGAAGAUCCAAAGGGACAAAUUGCUCCACCUAACUCUACAAUGGAAAGCAGACAGGAACGAUCAGACAGCAGGAAGCCCUCAGAAGCCCGCUCGCAGACACCGGAGCCAUGCAACUGCUGGCUGCCCUGGCCGAGCAGCAUCCAGCAGAUACAGAUGAAUCAUUACAGAGUGGAGGUGACCCUGGAUCCUAAAACAGCCAACCCUAAGCUCAUCCUCUCCAGCGACAGGAGGAGCAUGCAACUAGGAGAUGAGCAAAAGGACCUGCCCAGCACGUGCGAGAGAUUCGACACUGACCCUUGUGUGCUGGCCAGCGAGGGGUUCUCAUCUGGGCAAUAUUACUGGGAAGUGGAGGUGGGGGACGCUGGUGGCUGGGCUGUGGGGGUGGCGAGCAAGUCAGUGAAGAGGAAGGGGCCUCUCUACCUCAAACCUGAGCAUGGCUUCUGGACUGUGGAGUUGCACAUGGGCAAAUACUGGGCUCUCGGGACCUGCCUGGCCCGUGUGCACAGCAGCAAGAGGCUUCGCAGAGUUGGGAUUUACCUGGACUGCACGGAAGGGCAGGUGGCCUUUUACAACGCUGACGCCUUUGCCCAUCUCUACACUUUCACUGCCUCCUUCACGGAGGAAAUCUUCCCCUUCUUCUACCUCAAGGACAAGAAGACCCCACUGGUCAUUAAUAGCUAUCUCUCCCCCCUCUCACCCGGCUCACGAUGGGACAGUCUCCCCUGGGAUCUCUGA